CAGAGAAAAGAGCCUCGUGACUCUUUUCCCGGCUGGUACACGAGGCCCGCCCUCUCUCCUGGUGUCUUGCGGAAAGCCGGUUCGAACACUGGAGAACUUUUCUCUCGAGCAAUUUCAUUCCUUGUGUUGUCUCUCCUUCUCUCUAGCUCUUCAUUUACACGAAUCCAUUCUCACCUGUCACUCUUUCGCGCGACCUCUCUGUUUCAAGCUUCCUCUGCACCAUUUAGGGUCUACCACUCUCCUUCAAUUUCUCCAUUUCUUUCCCCUUCUGAGACCUUCUGUCGACGGUACCCUGAAUAUCCCUCUCCAUUCUCUCUUUUUCUCCUUCUUCUUCUCUGUUUCUACCUGCGUCUUACUCCACCUCUCUGUCUAUUUCCCCCUCUCUCUGUCGCGUUGCCUCUCUACCUCUCCCUUACUCCAUCUCAUCCCCUGUGUACCUCAAACACACUCUCUCUCUUUCUCUCUAUCUCUUUACCUCUCGACUUCUUCCUCUCUCUCCUUUUCUCGCUGCCUCCAACGCCUGUGUAUGUUGUUCUUCCUGUCUGGUUGCUACGGCUGAGAUGACGUUCGUUCCACCCUCGCAUGCGCCUCCGAGUUCCAAAUCGAAAACGAAUUCUCUCUUCGCAGAGACGUUCGUCUCCCCCAGCUUCCUUCUUGCCAACAGCAAUGAGGCAGAGUUCUCCCAGAGACCGUCCAGGCUGUGGGCAGGCUUCUGUCUCUCCUUCCCGCUCUCCUUCUUCCUCUCUCUCAUGUGAAGAGGACGAACGGGCAGCCUCUGUUUCGAGAAAGGGUCGCUGCCAUACGGGCGGAAAUGACGAUGACACGGAGGAGACGGCGGGCGCUCUCUCGUUCGUCCGGGAAGAGCCUCUGCGAAUUUCGGCGAGACUGGUUCUCAGACAGUGCUACUACGUCUUGACGUGUCAGCUCUCUUCGCCUCCCCCCACUUCGCCCGGUCCCCGGCCUCCUCCUUCUUCUUCUUCUUCUUCCUUUUCUUCUUCCUCUGCUGCGCCUCGCUGUUUCUUGUCUGUCUCGGCGAGGCAAGAGGCCUCUGGAGCUGUUUACUUCGGGCGUUUUCCUCACUCCUUCAUUGAGGAAAUGACGAGACGGACCGGACGCUUCGCCUCCAUGAAGGCGUUCUGGGAACUGCUGCUUCAGGCUCUUCGACGGCGCGCCGGGCAGACACAGAGUUCCGAGAAAAACGAACAGGACGUGACAGUCAACCUCUGGGACGUGACCGACUUGGAGGCCCUGCGGCGCUCUGCUGGGGGAGAAAGUUCGUCUUCUCUCUCUUCAGAAGACAAGCACUUCCUCAUCAUCACCCACCGCGUCGAGGCCCGCAAAGUGCACUACCCGCUCGCGUUGCAGAGACAAGGCGAGAAACACGAGGGCGCUGAGGCGUCGAAAGAGAAGCUCCGAGGAGGCGAGAGAAACCCAGAGGUGCCAAGUCCCCGCGACUCACCGCCUGUCUGUACACUCCAACGAGACUAUGCACAAGCGAGCAGACAAGAAAAAUCCGAUCCAGUGCGCUCUCUGUCUCUCCCGGAAACGGGGCACGGAAUUCCCAGAAGACUCUCGACAUCGCAAGAGAGAGGCUCUGUCUCCUCUGCUUCCGAGUCUCCCUUGGCUGGAUCCUUGCCGCGCCUCUCAGCGCCACCUCCUGUAGCUGCCGUUGAAAUCUCUUCUGUUCGCUCUGUCUGUUCGCUGUCUCCGAAGCCUGUUUCUUCCUCGCUGUCUCCAAGCAAUCCCAGCUGCGUCUGUAGAGGAGAGACACUUUCCCGGGCGACGUCGGCCAAGCGAAGCGAACGCCCGAAGGACGCGAGCCGCGAUCCUUCCGCGAGGUGCCACGAGGGCGGAGCUGCUGAGGAAACGCGCCGCCUCACCAUGAGACUCAACCACGCCGAGAGGGAACUGCAUGUGACAACUCGACAGCUGGAUGCAGAGAGACACCUCCGAGCGCGCGAGACGGCGCGCCUGAAGGAGGAACUUGACAAGGCCCGACGAACAGAAAGCGCGCUGAGAAAUCGGAUUCGGGAGUUGGAAGCAACGCUCAGACUCACUACCUUUCGACCCUUUCGCUCUUCAAGUGCCUCCUCUCUGCUGCCUCAGUCGGGCGGUCGUUCGCUCAUGCCCUCUCCUCGUGUCUCCUCGGCGGCUUCGUCCCGGCGGGGCAGCGCCGCGACUGCUCCGGGUGUCUUUGCUUCGGGCUCGAAGGCCGCUAGCUGCCCCCCGCCGUGGCUACCGGGUUCGUCCGCUAGUCGGGCUCCGUCGGACUCGGCCGCCGCCUCCAGUCAGCGCGCCCUGUCGGCUGGCCGCUUCGACGCCCUUCGCCGCAGGUCGCCUUCCGCUUCGCGCUCCGUUGCGGCCUUCGGCGCCAGUGCCUCAGGUGUACAUACACCUGGAGUCGCAGUACGCUACGUCCGGCGCGGUGGCGGUGCCCUGGUGCCUGUUCCUAUCGACGAUUCUCCAGACCUUUUGACUCGCGGCCGAGAGAGACGAAGAAGUUCGACCACCAGUUUCGCAAGCAGCGACGCAAGCACCGCAGGAAGAGAGAGACCAAACAGUUGCUCCCUGUCUGUAGACGGUGGAACGUCCCGCGGAAGAACUAGCAGGUUUUCGCGCCCGCCGCUAAGUCGCUCCGCCUCCCUGCGACUCACCUCUUCCGGCCUCUCGCCGCAGUCGUCGCUCUACGGCGCUUCUCCUCGCCCUGACUUCUCCUCUGUCUCUUCUCGUGGAGGUCCUGCGCUUGGCGCGUCUCUGGAGCGAGGCCCGAUCCGCCGUCCCUCCCCGGUUCGCUCUUUUUCUUCUCCUCGACCCACGUCUCGGCCUGUUGGAGCCCAGGCUCUCCCUGGGUCUCCUUCUCGAGUGUGGGGCAAGAGAGACAGCGCACUUCCUCACGUCGGAGAUAACCACAGAAGCAGCCGCCAGCAACUUCUGCGAGGCGUCGACUGCAAGUCGACUGGAGCCGCCGGCGGCUUCCAGGGCCAGCGUCUCCGUGCUUCUCUUCAGGAGCCUGCAUCCUCUGUCUCCUCCUCUAGAGGUGUCUCCGCGUCCCAAAAAGACUCCCCGUGGGCUCUCCCGCGGCGCGCAGCCAGAGGCCCUCUUCUCCCCCCAGGCCCGCCCUACACAGACGACGAAGACGGGAUCUCUCUUUCCAAUCAAGGCUGUCAUCACCCAAGAAGCGAAGGUGACCGUCGAGGCGCCGAGUGUCUGCACGCCCCCCACCAAGCCCCGCCUGUACCUUUGCCAGAGACAGGAAACAGCCGCGGAGACAGCGCCUACGUGAUGAUUCCUGUCGCGGAGCUCAAGCGGCUGCUGCGGAGUGCACCGGACCGCGAACCGGAGGAACAAAGAAGGCACCUCGGCGGGUCUUCUUCUCUUCCUCUCGAGGCCUCUGCUGACAGAACUCUUUCGGGCGGAAGCGCUGAGCAUGCAAGCCGCUCAGAGCCUGCAAGCCGCUCAGAGCCUAGAAAGGGAGAGACGGGUCUCCCUUGUGAGAUGGCGCACGAUUUCCUGGCACACCCGAGAGAUUCUUGCGGGGGGCUUUUGUCUGUCGACUCGCAGGACCUGUCUAGUGAGUUUCAUGCCAGUCCAUCCGGCCAAGAUGGAGGCUGUCUGUCUAAGGGCGACGCCUCGCUCGCGAUCUCAGAGGCACGGCUUCCCGUUUUCCAAGGCCCCCAGGGGGGGGCUGCGACUCCGGAGAGGCUUGUGGAGUCGAAAACUCGGCUGAGGCCGGUGGUUUUGCGCGAGGAGACAGAAGGACCUAUGGAGCUGGUAGAGGGUCCUGCGUAUGUCGCGCGCUAUCCACGGGGUGUGGCGAAAGUGUCUCUGCCUUAUCUGUUGAUGGAUUGCAGAGGAGAAGAACCAGGCAGCCUCAGUUCCGCAGGAUGUCAGCUGAGAAAGAGGGCAGCGGCGAGAGAAAGAGGAGAGAAGGACGAGAGGGAAGCAGGGCAAAGGUCGACUGGCAGACUCGCCGACUGUCCUUGCGUGAGUCUGAGUCCAUACCCCGGAGAAAGUGAAGAUGCGCGAGAGACAGAGAGGCUCCAGAAAGAGCCUUUCUCCCCACAAACGCUGGGAUGCCUGAGGGUCGGUGAGGGCGAAAACUCGGAACAAUCAGAAGACACGAAAGGUUUCGUGCCUUUUUCAGAAAAGAUGAAGACCGACAGUGGGCACAGCGCAUACUCGGAAAUCGAUCGCAGACUGUCUGCGCUCCAGGAAUUCCUCAAAUCCACAAGACACACCUUCAAGAUGCUCGAGAGAGCAGAGAGUUCUGCUCCCUAAUCGAAGUGUGGUUGGCGGGACUUUGAGUGCUUGUUGGGGUGUUCACAACUCUCUUGGCUAGUAUCCAUGCGUGAUCACUUGACUCGUGGUGCGCUUUCUUCUGUUCCGACUGGUGAACAGACACCCCAGACAGACGGCUCUUGUCAACUGACAUGUGCAUUUCGAGAUUCGGGAAACACUCAAGGAAAUAUAGAAGC